UAGGCCUUAAGGAUAGAGCACGUAAGACAUGAUGCCCGAACCCAAGCUAAACUAUCCAAAGUGGUUGUUGUUACAAGUUGGUAAUAAGUUAAGCGAGCAAAUGCUAAGUAUAAAUAAAAAUUUAUGAAAGCCAAAUAUUAAGAUGAAGUAUUAUAAGCAACGUCUAACACCAAAACAUCAAGAUUUUCAGCAUUUAUCAUUCUCAGUGUUCACAGCAAAUGAUAUAAGAAAUUUAAGUGUAACAAAAAUUGGGAUACCUCGUUCUUUUGACGUUCUCGGAUAUCCACUAGAGUAUGGAUUAUAUGAUCCAUUUUUAGGCACAACAAGAAGUAAUUUUGAAGAAUUUUGUAACACAUGUAAAUAUAAUAGCUCCAAGUGUCCAGGUCACUUUGGACACAUAGAAUUGCCAGUACCUGUUGUCAAUCCAUUAUUUCACAAAGGAUUAUCCACAUUGUUCAAACUGUCAUGCUUCAACUGUUUUACUUUUCAAAUACCAUCAUAUAUGAAGACGUUAUUGUCUGCAAGAUUAAAGUUGCUUUAUCAAGGACAACUUGCUGAUCUUGAAGCUUUAGAUCAAGAAAUCAAUUAUGUAAAAUUGAGUGUUCCAAAAAUAGAAGAACAAACUGAGUAUAUUUGUGAAGUAAUCGAUGUUUACAUGCAAAACUUUUCCAAUAGAACCAGAUUCAGUCAGCCUAUGACUGAGAAUCAUGAGCAUAAAAGUAACAUAAAGAAUGCUAAUAUACAGUGGCAUACCUAUGUUGAGAAUAUACUUAAACAAUAUGUCAGGAACAAAGUUGGGAUAUGCAUUAAUUGUAACAAUGCUUUACCGAAAAUUACGACGUUGCAAAAUAAAAUAAUGAUAAGCAAUGAAGGAGCCCCUAAGGAAAUAUUGUCACAUGAAGUGAUUCAUAAAUUGGAUAAAGUAAUGAUUAUGCCAGAUCAAUCUAAGGAAUAUAUGCGACAAUUAUGGAAUAAUGAAAAGGAUUUUCUUCAGAUAAUGAUACCCUGCUUAGAAUUAGUGGAUAUUGAAUAUCCAACUGAUAUAUUCUUUCUUGAAGUAGUAUCCGUGCUACCACCCAUUGUGCGACCAGUAAAUUUUGUUAAUGACCAAAUGAUCGAACAUCCUCAAACUCAAACCUAUAAAACAAUUAUACGUGAUUGUUUGGGCUUAAGAAAUAUUAUACAAACAAUUCAAGAUGGAGGUACCGAUCACUUACCUCAGGAGAGUCGACUUGUUUUUGAACAAAUAAGAGGACAUACAGCGGUCGAAAAAUUACACAAUGCCUGGCAAACAUUACAAAGCAAUGUUGAUCAUCUGAUGGAUCGUGACAUAAAUAGGACACCGGAAUCUAUCAAUGGUCUAGGCUUGAAGCAAAUUCUCGAAAAAAAAGAAGGUAUCAUUAGAAAGCACAUGAUGGGUAAAAGAGUGGAUUUUGCCGCGCGUUCGGUCAUUACUCCAGGUCCUGACUUGAAUAUCGAUGAAAUUGGCAUUCCCGAAGCUUUCGCACGAAAAUUAACAUAUCCUACAGCUGUGACACCAUGGAAUGUCGUUGAAUUGCGACGAUUAGUUUUAAAUGGACCCAAUGUUCAUCCUGGGGCGGUUAUGAUAGAAAAUGAAGAUGGAUCAAUACAAGCCAUUCACAUUAACGAUUCUAUGCAAAGAGAAGCUAUUGCAAAACGUCUUUUAACGAUAAGCGACAAAACCAACGAAUUCAAUGGCGUUAAAAUAGUACAUCGACACCUUCAAAACGGCGAUAUAUUAUUAUUAAAUAGGCAACCGACGUUACAUAAACCGAGUAUAAUGGCUCAUAAGGCGCGUAUUCUUAAAGGAGAAAAAACAUUGCAUCUUUAUUAUGCAAAUUGUAAGGCAUAUAAUGCAGAUUACGAUGGAGAUGAACUCAACGUUCAUUUUCCACAAAACGAACUAGCUAGAAGUGAAAGUUAUAAUAUAGCUAACGUAAGCAAUCAAUAUCUCGUACCAAAAGAUGGAACUCCAUUAAGUGGUCUUAUACAAGAUUAUAUAAUAUCCGGGGUACAAUUAACAACUAGAGGUCGAUUUUUCUCAAAAACUCAUUAUAUGCAAUUAGUUUACGCCGCACUUUCAAUGGUACAAGAAGAUGUAACCCUCUUACCACCAACUAUUAUUAAACCAAAACGUCUAUGGUCGGGUAAACAAAUUAUUUCAACCAUUAUAAUUAAUAUUAUUCCUUCGCACAAGGCACGAAUUAAUCUAAUCUCUAAUACAAAAAUUAAUGUAAAAGAAUGGCAAGUAGAAGCACCACGACCUUGGAAAUGUGAAACAGAAUUUAAAAAUCCAAUAACUAUGUCGGAAGCUGAAGUUGUAAUUCGGCACGGAGAAUUACUAUGCGGAGUUCUUGAUAAAAUGCAUUGUGGUGCAACUUCUUACGGUCUUAUUCAUUGUAUUUAUGAGUUAUAUGGGGAAACGUAUGCAACUAAAAUGUUGAGCGCAUUUGCUAAAUUGUUCCAAACGUUUCUGCAAUACAAUGGAUUUACUCUGGGUGUCGAAGAUAUUCUAAUAAAUCGUGGAAUCGAUGAGAAACGUAAAGAAAUAAUUUCUAAUUGCCAGAAAGUUGGAGAAGAUAUACAAAAAUCUGUCGUAAAAAUACCUGAUAAUAUAUCUGCGAAUGAACUUAAAAACAAGAUAGAAGAAUCUUAUUGGGAUAAUCCGAAAUUUCGCGCACAAGUCGAUCAUAAAUACAAGAGUGUAUUAGAUGUUUACACUAACGAUAUAAAUAAAACGUGUCUACAGAUAGGACUUUUUAAAAAAUUUCCAAAUAAUAACUUACAACUUAUGGUGCAAUCAGGAGCAAAGGGAUCCAUGAUUAAUACUAUGCAAAUAUCGUGUUUGCUUGGCCAAAGCGAAUUGGAAGGUAAAAGGCCGCCAUUAAUGAUCAGUGGGAAAAGUUUAGUAAGUUUCUCAGCGUAUGAUCCGACACCUAGAGCUGGUGGUUUCAUCGAUAAUAGAUUUAUGACCGGUAUUAAAUCUUAGGAAUGUUUUUUCCAUUGCAUGGCAGGACGCGAAGGUCUUGUUGACACGGCGGUAAAAACUAGUAGAUCCGGAUACUUGCAGAGAUGUCUUGUGAAACAUCUGGAAGGAUUGGUUGUCGGUUACGAUGCGACAGUCAGAGACUAUGAUGGUAGUUUAAUUCAAUUUUAUUACGGAGAAGAUGGCCUUGAUGUACCAGGUUCGCAAUUCUUAAGAAAAGAACAAAUCCCAUUUCUAGUCGAUAAUAAAGAUGCUAUUAUAGACGCAAAAUUAUUAGAAUACCUAAAAACAGAUAAUAAAGAGAUUGCAAAAAUGAUAAAAAAGAUCAAAAAAUGGGAAAAUAAAAAUGGUUCUUCUUUACAAAAGAAAAGAAUUAGUGAAUUUACCAAAUUCUGUAUUGAGAAUCAGAAUAAUAGCUUAAAAAGAAAAAGCAUCGAUAGUCAUAGUGGAAGGAGUAAAGCCGCAUUAUCGCUUAUACGAAAAUGGAUAAGAGCAACGGAAGAAGUGAAAGAGACAUUUCGUGCACAAAGUGCUAAAUGUCCUGAUACAGUAACAUCAAAAUAUAGGCAAGAUGUUGAAUUCGGUGUAUUACCAGAACGAAUAGAAGGCUUAAUAGACGAAUAUCUUUCUCACUCUUCGAAGAUUAGAAAAUCUAAUUUAAGAGAUUUGUUAUCUAUCAAAGUUAUAAAAACGAUUUGUCCACCUGGUGAACCAGUUGGUUUGUUAGCAGCGCAAUCUAUAGGUGAACCAUCCACUCAAAUGACUUUGAAUACAUUUCAUUUUGCUGGACGUGGUGAUAUGAAUAUGACUCUAGGUAUUCCUAGAUUACGUGAGAUCUUAAUGUUGGCGACGAAAAAUAUAAAAACUCCAAGUGUGGAAAUACCCUUUCAAAACAAUCUGCAAAAUCUUGAGAAGCAAGCAAAGAAGCUGAGAUUAAAAUUAACAAAAUGUGUUCUGCGUGAUGUAUUGAAGGAUAUCACGAUAAGUAGAAGAAUGGAAGAGGGUCCACCACGAAGAUUAGUGCACACUAUAACCAUCGAAUAUCUUCCUUACAAAUCUUAUAAAGGAGAGUUUUCUAUUCGCCCACAGGAUGUGAUUAAAUGCACCGAGGAAAAGUUUUUUCAGAAUAUAUUUGUAGAAAUCCGAAAACUCACCAAAGCAAGAAAAGUUUUAUUACAUUUCGAAGGAGAGAAAAAACGGGCGAACGACGAAGAUGCAAUAAUAGAUCAAUUUGAUCCUGAUGACACAAUGCCGGAAAAUCCUGGAAGAAGAAUGAAGAUGGAUUUAGGAGAGAUGCAUGAAUCAUCCGAUGAGGAAGAAGUUGCGGAGGAUGCUGAUGCGACAAUGAGUAGGUCACUAUCGCGUCAUCAAGAAAAUCAAGAAUAUGAAGGUUCAGAAGAAGAAGAAGAAGUGGAAGAUGGUAUAAACGACAAGGAGGAAGAAGCAAAUAAUAAUAAUAAUACAAAUAAAAACUCAGAGAACAAGGAAGAUAAUGAAGAAAAUGAUGACUAUACUAGAGAAAGAUUAAAUAAUAAUAGGAAAAAUGACACAUAUUCUAACAUAAAAAAAUACGUCAUAGAUAGGUACGAGCAUGCUACCGAUUAUGAUUAUGACGAAAGUAAAUUAUCAUGGUGCAAAUUUACAUUUUGGUUACUACUUAAAAUGAUCAAAUUAGAUUUGCCGACAAUAAUUAAAAAUGCUGCAGAGAAAACAGUUUUAUGGGAAAUACCAUAUAUCAAGAAAGCUUUUACUUUCCAAAAUAGUGAAAAUGAAACAAUUCUCAAAACAGAUGGUUUAUUUAAACGAAAUAUAAAAGAAUUGUACAAAUAUGAUAACAUACUUAAUUUAAAUAGACUAUAUUGCAAUGACAUUCACAAUAUUUCUCAAACAUAUGGAAUUGAAGCUGCGAAUAAAGUUAUUGUGAGAGAAGUUAGGGAUGUCUUCAAAAUGUAUGGUAUUACUGUAGACUUUAGGCAUCUAGCCUUAAUCGCCGAUUAUAUGACGUUUGAUGGGACAUUUCAACCACUUAGUCGGAAAGGAAUGGAAAAUUCCGCUUCACCAUUACAGCAAAUAAGUUUUGAAAGCUCGCUAGGUUUUUUGAAAAGUGCGACAUUGCAAGGAAAAAAGGAUGAUAUAUCAUCACCAUCAAGUAGAUUGAUGUUUGGACAACCAUGCAAAGCUGGUACUGGAGCAUUUUCUGUAUUGCCAUUGUUAUAGAGAAUGGAUAGAGAACAUUCUAUUAUGGUUGAGCUCAUGACCGUCAAGGGAAUAGCCAACACCUAACUCUUAUAUUGCGACAAGUUUUAUGAAGUACUGGGAAACACAAUCAUCAUUAAUGAAAAUAGUACAAAAAAAAGAUUUUUGCAAUAAAAAAAAUAUAUGAUUUUAAAAUAAAAAAUUUUUUUUAUCAUUAUAUAAAAUUAAAGUAAAAAUGAUAUUGUAAAAGUGCAAAAAAAGCAGUCAUCAUUAUUAAAUUUUUGAAUAUGUAAUAAAAUUAUUGUUAUUUUUAAUAAAAUUACAAUUCCACGAGAAAAUAUAGUUCCAAAAAGAUAUAGUUUUAAUACACAA